AUGGGAGCUAUAAUUUUGAUGGAAGAAAUACCGGCACCACCAAAUGCGGGAAAUGAGCCACCACCAGGGAGGAGAAGUAGAGAAUUUUGUGCUUAUCAUCGCUUCCAUGGUCACACAACAAAUAAUUGUAGGGACAUAAAGAAAAUCAUACUGCGAAUGAUAGAUCAAGGGAAGUUAGAUCACUUUUUGGUACAACAACUGCAGAAUUUACCUCCACCACCACCAGAAGGUCGCACACAAGGUACGAAUACAAGAAGAAAUACCUAUUUGAUUGAGGUAGGUGCCAAGGCAAAGAAUCUAUACUGUAAUUCGAUAAUACAUUCGUUCAAGAACAUAGAAGACUUCCAUGAUAAUAUCUUGAGGAGAGUUUACGCGAGGGAUAGUGAUGGAAGAGAGAUAUUGAAUCUUGCGAAGUUAUCGCCCUUAAAAGAUUGGCAGAAGCAACUUAUUUCCUUCAACGCAGAAGAAGUACCUGGAGGUGGAGAACCACACGAAAGUCCUUUAGUGGUAAAGUUGGAAAUAAACUUAACAGCAAAAACUAAUGAAGAGGAAGACACGGAUACAUGGGAUAUUAACAGAAUACUAAUAGAUCCUGAAUCACCUUACAAUGCUUUGAUUGGAAGACCAUUGUUGCAUGGUAUUCUAGGGGUGGAUACAGUCGCACGGUUAUAA